AACCCGUGCGAACAAGUAACAAACGGUUGAGUUGGCGCGGCAAAAAAAAGCCGCACAGCAAAUGGACCUUAACAGAAAGAGAAUGAGCUACUCGCUUGUUAAAAGCGCGUUGAUUAGACGCUCUUGGCCACGUUGGUGCUUGCAUGCUACACCUACACGUGGGCGUGGCCGAUAUCUUCUAACGAAAAAAACUAAACAGCUGUUCUGUUAUGUUCCCAUCUUACGUCCGCCAUUAUCUGUUACCACCCCCAAGUUUUUUCCUUCUUGAUCCAAAUCCUAAAUCAACAGUCUGAGAAAAUGUCGCAAGAUCACGGCGAAACAGAGAAGAAAUCAUACGCUAAAGCCGAUGAUGUCGGAGAAGUCGUCGUGAACGGAGGGACGAUGAAUGGUCAUCACAAAACGGACUAUGUGGAAGUUAAGGAGGAGGAUGAUUCGGAGAGCCUCCACUCAUUGCUUUGGAUCACGAUCCGUUCGAUUCUGUUUCCGGAUCCGAAAACAAGGGAUGCCUCGUCGUCUUCUCUGCUUCAACGAAUAAGAAACUCUCUCUCCGAGAAUGGUCCAAAACUUCGAGAAGCUUCUCGGAAAACGUCACGCGACAUUCUCCAAUGGACUCGUCGUGGCAGCCCGCUUCGUGCACUGCUUGUCAUCACUAUAGGAACAAUAGUGAUUCUUACGGCACUAGCUUUGGUUGUAUUCACGCUCUUCUUUGUAGCUGCAACAGUAAACGCAAUCACAAUCUCUCUUUUGGUUUCACUUGCUGUUGCUGGUGGCUUCUUGUCUCUCUUUUUUCUCUCCUUGUCCCCUACUUACAUCGGAGCCUUAUCCGUUGCUGCGUUCGUCAUCUCUACUGCUACAGUUUCAGCUGUUGCUUCCAUCUUAUUUGCCUCAGGUUGGAUUGGGUUCUUCUAUCUUGUGUGGUUGGGAGCAAAAGGAAGCCUGCGCUUGGUGAAGCAAUUGAUGGGAUUAGCCUAUUCAGGUAACAGUUUCAGUCUUCAUCAAGACAAAGAUCGAGAGGUAGUAACCAUCGAAUCAUCCAGUGAGAAUCCUUCUCUUUAGCCUUUUUUUUAAUUACAAGUGUCUACAGAGUUUGUAGAUAAACCCCUAGUUUUGGUCAAGCGUGUUUGUUAAUGAAAGUUUAUAUAAAUUGUUCAUUCACUGAGCUUGUUGUGAAGAAGCUGAUUACAGAAGAAUCAUUGUAAUCAUUUGCAUUCGGAUGUGUAUGCAUAUAUUUUGUUUCAUUUAAUUAAGGAAUGCUGCGUA